AUGGGAAGCCUCAACGAGCGCACUGCCCCCAAGGGCGCGAUCACCGAUCUCCUAACCCCAACCUUCCUCAAGAGUAUUCGAGACUUCUGGUUCCAGCACUGCCGCGACGAGACGGAACUAGUCCUGCCGAAAGAGUCGUCAAUGCAGCGCUGGUUCUCCGCAAACCCCGACAUGGACCGCGCCUGCAGCGUGCAAUUUCGCAGACCACUGGAGACAAUUCUGCAUUCAGCAGUCACGCCAACCGAGCUUUUCGCCACUGCACAGGCCUUCUCGUCCCCACUGGACUGGUUAAGCCUCGUGCUCCUGCUCGACCAGAUCCCACGGAACUGUUUCCGCAAUCAGGAGGCGGCCAUCGUCUACCGCACGUUUGAUCCACUGGCGCUGAAGAUUGCCCUGCAUGCGCUAGAUGAUGUGGUAGUGCGCGAACCGCCCCUGCGGUAUGCAUUCACGUAUCGGAUGUGGUUCUACAUGCCGAUCAUGCAUUCCGAAGAUCUAGAGAUUCAUCAGGACAUCGCGCCGACAAGAUUCGCCUUGGUGUCUGCCGAUGUAGAGAGGCUUCUAUCUGCCGGUGAUGAGGAGCUUGGGCUGCUGGGUCCUCAUGAGCGCCACUGUUACCAGGUUCUGAAGGACCGCGAGGAGAAGGCACGGGCGUUUGUGGAUCAUCUCUCUACGUACGAGAAGACACACGCGCAAAUUAUUGAGCGGUUUGGGCGAUAUCCGCAUCGGAACCGGCCGUUGGAGCGGACGUUUACUGGUGACGAGGUGGCGUAUUUGAAGUCGGAGGGGGAGACUUUUGGGGUGAGUGUUACGGUAUAG